GUUAAUUAUUUUAAAUUUGUGAGGAUAUCAACAUGUUCUGGUUAUUUAUUGUGUUGAUCGGUUGCAUGUAUUUUGUGCGUUACAAACAGAAAAUGAGGAAAUUUGAAGAGUUAUCUAAGAAAUUACCAGGGGACCUGUUACGCCUGCCUGUGGUUGGUCAUGCGCAUUACCUGGCCGGAAGCGACGAAGACAAUAUGAAAGCCAUUCAAAGGGUGGGAAGGAUAGCGGUGAAACGCGACGGCCUUGCAACCUACUGGAUGGCCCAUAAACUGUACCUUGUUGUGGCCGAUCCAGUAGUAGCGGAACUGAUGCUAAAAUCGCAUCUAGAAAAAGAUAGUACAAUGGAGAUCUUACAAUUCCUUGUCGGUAAUGGAAGCAUUUAUGCACCAGUAUCCAUUUGGCGCCCCCGCCGCAAGAUCUUGGCUCCAACCUUCAACAUCAAGAAACUGAAUCGUUUUGUGGACGUGUUCGCCAAUCAAAGCGCUCUGAUGGUGAACAAACUGAGACCAUUGGCUGGGAAGGGGACGUUUCCCGUUUGGAAGUUCCUGACUAGCUACACCUUUCACUCUGUUUGUGAAACCACACUAGGCGUGCAGACUAACGCUGAUGAGGACAAACAAUUCAUUGAACCCUUCGAGGAAGUCAUAGAGCAAAUAACGUGGCGCAUGCUGCAGCCCUGGUUGCACCCAGACUGGAUCUAUCGCCUACUUCCCCAGUACAAAAAGGCGGACAAAUGCAGACGUACUAUGUACCAAUUUGUUGACAAGAUUAUCAAACUUAAAAGGCAGGAAAUGGAAGAGAAACAGCGCGAGGUUGGCUUUGCACCUAAGCCAGAUUCCUACCUCGGUUUCCAGUCUCUACUAGAGAUGCUUCUAGAAACUUCCCUUAAAGUGAAAGGUUUCACUGAUUUGGAGCUGCGCGAAGAGGCCUUGGUGAUGAGUGCAGCUGGCACGGACACGUCGGCUGUCGCCGCAUCGUUCGCUCUCGUCAUGCUGGCACGGCACCCUGAAGUCCAGGAGAAGGUGUUUGAAGAAUUGAACGAAGUAUUGUACUGCCCAGAUAAAGCUGUAACAGCAGCAGAUCUCCCAAACCUCAAGUACCUAGAAGCUGUGAUAAAAGAAACGUUGAGGCUUUAUCCACCAGUUCCAAUAAUUGUACGGACAGUCACUAGUGCCACUGAGCUACCAUCUGGAGUGACAGUACCCGCGGGUACGGGUAUUGUCAUGCACAUCUGGGCAACGCACCGCAACCCUCGCUAUUGGGGCCCAGAUGUAGACUCAUUCAGGCCGGAGCGCUUCCUGGAGCCCCUCAAGCACCCCGCGCAGUUUGUACCGUUCAGCGUUGGCCUGAGGAACUGCCUUGGGUAUCAAUACGCCAUGAUGUCCCUGAAGACAGUUUUAGCAACGGUCCUGAAAGAGUACCGUGUUCUACCACCAGCUGAAGCUGACAUGAAGACCCUAAACGAACCCAUCAGGGUGAAAUAUGACGUCAUGAUGAAAGCAGUGGACAUGUUUAAGAUACAGUUAGAAGUCAGAUCACCGACUAAUUCUAGAAACAUUGGAUGAUUACUCUGAUGCUGUAGAAUAGAGAGCAUUGUGUUUAAAUAGCUUUAAAAAUACUAAUUACUUUGGAAUUUACAAUGUGUAAGGAAUUCAUGACAGCAUCAUGCUCCUAAGCAGAGCUACUUUAGCUUUAAUGAAUUUUCAUAUUUUGAAAAAUACUUAUAUUUGUAACAUCUAUGAAAUUUUAGGCACAAUUGGAAAGUAUAUUAGGUACUAAUUUCGUUUUAAGACUUAUUACAUUCAUUGUGGUUGCACAAACAGACUGCUUCGGUAGGCUAGUAAAUUUAGAAUUAUUACGUAUAGAAUUAUAUGGUGUCAAAAAGCUUAUUUGUUUACUAUUAAUAAAUUUAUCAAGUCGGAUCGGCGAAAGAGAUGAGAUGAAGCAGGAAAUAACACGUCAACAUGUUUAUUGUUUUUUGUAGAUAUUUUUCUAUAGGUAUGUUAAAAUUCACAUACCUACGCUGAGAUGGUUCGGCCCAAAAGUGAUAGUUAAAAUUAAAGGUAAUUAGCAAUUGUUGACAAGAGCAAAACGUAACUUCCCAAAACAAGGGAUGAUAUUGAUUAUAGUUUUAAAUUUUGAUUAUUGAAAACUACUAGUACAAUCGAAAGUUUUAAUUUAUGAUCGAUUUUGUACCUUGUCGCGGUGACGAUAGUAUGAGGGUCUCUAGCGACUUUCAUAUUGACCGUCACUGUGACAAGGUACGAAAUGGGUCAUAAAUUAAUACUUUCCACCGUACCUUAGGUACUUAACCUUUUACCACAUAAAUACGCUAUAAUUUAUGUGGUAAAAAGUUAUUUCGGUUUAAAGAUUCUUUAUUCUCAUAAGAAUUUAUACAAUUCACUUAAAAUGAGAACUUUAUUUACAUAUUAUUAUUACAUAUACAUUUUAUUUACAUAUUUUAUGUCACAAAAGGAGCGACGGACGUUGAUUUAAAUUACAUUUCACAUUUAAAAUUUC